UGAACUCCUUCUGGGUGACGGUGCAGCGGACGGAGGCCGCGGAGCGAUGCGAGCUGCGCGGCACCUACGUGCUCAAGGCUGAGCGUGACAGCCUCGUCCUGAAGGACCCACGGACAAAUGAGAUCCUCUACGUCUGGCCCUACCGGCUGCUCCGGAGAUACGGCCGGGACAAGGUGAUGUUCUCCUUCGAAGCUGGCAGGCGCUGCGACUCCGGCCCAGGGAACUUCACCUUUGAGACCAAGCAGGGCAAUGAGAUCUUCCGCCUGGUGGAAGCCUCCAUCCGGGAGCAGAAAGCACAGGUGGAGGAGAACCGUCAAAGCUGUGACUCGCUGGAUUUGGACAGCCCUGGCGUGGUGCUGCUCCGCCAGGCCCUGGCCGACUCCCUGAGCCUGGAGCUGCCUGUGGAGGGGGAUGACACCCUGGCAUCCAAAGGGGGGCUGGCGCCCAGGCCUAAUGCGGUGUCAGAGGAGAGAGAUGCCACAUCUCUCCUGAAGACCCGGACUCUGCCAGAGCUCCCUGUGCCACAGGCCAAGCCCACAGUCCCAAGCACACCCCCGCGCUCCCCUCUGCCAAAGGUGCCCCACGCCGUGCUGCCGUCCGAGGACCCAUCCAGCUUGUACUCGGAGCCCCUGGACUCAGUGAAGGGCUUCCGGCCCCGGCUGGACCCGCUGUACUCGGACCCCAUAGACACCAGGCCUGCGAGCGGGGCCAGGGCGCCCAGCGGUGCCUCGGACGAGGUGAAGCUCCGGCUGCCAGCGCCGCUGUACUUGGGCACGUACAAGCAGGUCGGGGCUGAGGGAUGCAACCAGGUCCCUGCAGUGCCUGGGCGGAGGGAGCACAUCUAUGACGAGCCCGAGGGUCGCGCUCCCCGCUCGCUGCCCCCCGCCGCCUGCAUCUACGACGAAGCACGUCCCACAGGUGAGGCCUGGCGCACCCAGAGCCGUGACAGCAGGGCCGGCUACGAGUAUCCCUACAACCCCAGCACUGACGACUACUCGGUACCUGCCUUCCAGGCCAAGGCCAAGGGCCCCAAGCCGGUGCUCGCCCCCAAGCCUCAGGCUGCCUUCAUCCCUAAAGGGGCCGAGAGGAGCGGGGACCCUGGCAAGCGGUGGGGGAGUGCUGCUCUGGAGAAGGCGGUCAUCAAACCCAGCCUCAACAGCAGCAACAACAACAACGUGGAGGUGCUGUACAGCCAGGUGGUGAAGCCCCAGCAUGCGCAGAAGAAGGAGCAGUCUGUGGAUGAGUGCAGCUUGUCGCCUGUCUAUGAGGACUUAGGAGAGAUAUAG